AUGUCGUCUGACAGCAGAGGUUGUCGCCUACUUUCAGAUUUAAACAGCGUAUUUCGCAAAGACCCUGAGAUUGAUGAAUAUGACUUUUUACCAGUACUGGAACCCAAACACAACCGAAGUCCACUCAUUCUACAAGACCAUAAACUUGGACUUGAGAUGUGGAGUGUCAAAAUUCUUCAUCAUUAUGCCUACAAUACACUGAUGACAUGGAGAAUGAAAGAAGUUAAUGCCAAAUUCUUAGGUCCAUUAGAUUUGAUAUGUUUAACUAGAGCCAUAGUGUUAGUCAAUCCAGAUUGUUCUACUGCAUGGAACAUCAGAAAAGAACUAAUAGAGAGUGGUGACCUAUCAGUGGCAGAUGAUUUGAAACUUGGAGCAUUGGUAUUGGGAAAGCACCCAAAAAGUCCAGAAACUUUCAGUCACAGGAAAUGGUUAUUUACGACCUUAGUAGAUUCAUGCCUAGCUAACAGCAGUGGGAGUACAGUUAGUAAUAGUAGUGUCAAUAUGUACAAUAAUUUUGUUAAUAUGGACGCUAUCGAUGUCAAUUUAGAUCCCAAUGUACAGAAUGGAUAUAACGUUGAUCCUUCAUCAAAGCAGCCAGACUUCCAAGAACAUGCAUUUAAAGAACUCAGAAACUGUCAAAAAGCUAGUGACAAAUACCCUUCAAAUUAUAAUGCUUGGAGCCAUAGGAUUUGGGUUGUUAAACAUUGCUUAAAUUGUUCACUACAGGUUUUAUUUGGUGAACUACAUACAACAGAAAACUGGGUAUCUAAACACAUCUCUGACCAUAGUGGCUUUCAUUAUAGACAAUUUUUAUUGACAAGUUUACAGAAACAGUCUAUAGAUCUGAAGGAACAAUUUUCUGUCUGUUAUAGAAAUUUAAUACAGAAAGAACUUGCUACAACUAUAGAUCUGAUCAAAUGUUACGAGGGGCAUGAGGCUCUCUGGUAUCAUAGGAGAUAUAUAUUCCAGAAUCUGUGUCAGAGUUACUCAGCAGGUACCUUAGUGGAAUUGUUUCAUCCACAACAUGAAUAUGAAGAUGAUAUUGUAUUGAACAUUAGCCAAAAGAAAACAAAACUGGAAAAUGAAAGACAAGUACUUCUUCUCAAAGAAAUAGACACUGUUACAAAAAGUGAUUUAAUCAGUAAAGAUAAAUUUCAUAAAAGUUUGGCACAGAAAUACAUUGACUGGAUACAAAAAUUUUCAAGGUCAUUGGAGAGCUAAUAGUCAAGAUCGUUGGAAAGCUUGUUACAGAACUGAAUACAAUCUGGAUACAAAGAUUACUGUGGAUUCAUUUAUUUUUGUGUGUACCAAUUUUUGUGGAUUAAGGAAAAUUUGUAUUUUUGUGGAAAUUUUAUUUUGUGGUUUUGCAAAAGUCUGUAUUCAAGCAUGAUAGACAAAUUGUACUUCCUUGAACAUUAAAUUCCUGGUUCACCUUUAACUACAAAAUCCACAAAAACUAGUAUCCAAUGAAUAAUAAUGAAUCCACAGUAGUUAUGUCUCUAGUGUAGAAAAAAGUAUCAUUACAAUACACCUAAUACACCAGACUUGCAGUCAUACUAACAUACUGACAUAGAUAAAACAGAGGAAUUACAAACUGAUAGUUGCACAAAAAUAGGGUCAUAUUACAUAAUGGUAAAGUAUUUGAAAAAUGUUAACUUUAUGUUUUUUAAUGUUUAUGCAUUGUUUUUUAUUUAUUCAGGGGUGUUUCUAGGAUAUUUGAAAGAAGGGGUGUAGAAUCAAAUCUUUUGCCUUUUUUGGACCUUUUUUUUGCUAAAAAACAUAGAAAAAUUGUGAAAUGCACUAAUAUAACGGUUCCUGACUUGGAGCAUGUAUAUUUUAUAGUUUUUUGUUUUUUGUUUUUUUUUAAAAGGGGGGGAUUACGCCCUCACCUGGACCUGCCCCUGUUAUUUAAGCACUUUUUUUGGGGGGGGGGGGGGUUUAUUUUUUAUGCAACUUUUUCAAUUAUACAGCUUCAGUAUAUUGGUGAACUAACUCACUAUAUUGAUGUCAUAUAAAUAUGUUUUUUUUGCCACAUUAUUGGAAAAAGUACAUGUCUAUCUCUACUGAUCACUUCAUCACAACAGUAACAACAUACUUUAUAACCAAGGACCAGCCCAUAAGGGGCAUAAAGACCAUACAUAUAAAGGAAAAAUAAUAUUGAUAAGUAUAAAUUUAUAGAUUUUCUAUGGUUCUGAAAACAAAAGGGCAUUUCUUGGUUACGAUCUCCUUAAAGGACAAUAGUCCUUAGAUGAGAUAUAGCCAUGAAACUUUUUUUGAGUUGAAAGACGAACGAUGAUGUUUAUUGCUUUUCCCUAGGCAACGUCAAUAAUGUUGGCUUAUAGCAUCACUGUGUUCUCACUCUACUCAGCUGAUAAAAACCCAUUCUCAGUCAAGUAGCAUGAGAUGGAAAAUGAUCCCAAAGAAAUAUCAAAGAAAACUAAGAAAAUAGAAAUAAAGAUACAUUACCUCUGAUUUUAAUGUCUUGGUAUUGCUUGGAUUAGUUAGGCAAAAUAAUGAUAAACUUUAAUGUUGUAGAGUUUGUCAAAAACUGACUGUAGGUGUUAAACAGUCAUGUUGACUGUCUUUAGAUUGUAUGUAUGCAUAGAAAGUGGCCACUUUACCCUGUUAUUUAAUAAAAAAUCAUACAGUGCCAAUGUUCCACUGAAAUAUAGAUAUAUUUACACUUGUAUACAAAUUUGUCUGCCAUAACUUAGUCACACAAGUUCCCGUAACAUUUUGUAUCACAAAAAAAUAUACACCAGAGUUAUAUAGAUCCACUUAUAUUUAAACAAGUCUAAAUUGAAAACAACAUUCAAACCUAUGAUUGCGUUGGAUAAAAACCGCAAUUUUUAUACGUGUGCAUGCAAAACAAAUUUCUUGUUAGAGGGGUCUAAAUACAGCACAAACAACAUUUUUCAAAAGACCAAAAAAGUGAAAAAGUAUAUUUUAACAAAACGCAUUUGACUAACAGGUCGAACAACAAAUGUUCUUAAUAGACCCUGCUGACUGCCAUUGGCGAUUGCAAAAUAAACGGAUCACCGAUGUAAUAAAUGGAUCUUAAUUUUAAAUUUAAUACUAAACAGAAAACAAUAAACUUGCGGAAAAGAUGAUAUACCGCAAACAAAAGGUGCAAAGGUUUUUGUACACCAUAUCAGGAUUUCGACAAAUAAUGUCUCUUCAGUCCACUUAUAUAUAUAUACACUGUCUUUAUUCUUCACAUCUCAGUUGGUAGGCAGGUACUUAUAUUUACUCUUCUUAAACAAUAAACUUGAACAAUAAAUGUAUUGUUUAACAUUAUAGAUGUCUGUUUAUUAGCUGCUAAAUUAGUAUGUAGACGCAUGAAAGUUAUUGACACAUGGUUGUUGUUGGAAGCUGUUGUUACUUAUUGUAACAUUAUUGUGUAUUUCUCUACAUGUAUUUAUUUUGAUUAUCAGUCAAUGACAGAAGUUGGAAGAAUAAAUACUCAUUUAAUCAUGACAUGUUUGCCAACAUAUAUUCAGGGAUUGCAUUGAGUUAGUCAUUUGAUGUUUUGAUAUGUAUAUUUAUGUAUUUCAGUUUAUGGAGAAAAAUAUGAAGGAAUGAUAAAGUAAAUUGAUGAAUCUAAUUUUGAUUUUGAGAUUUUGAUCAUAUUCAUAGUUUCUUUGAUAUAAUUUUACCUCUUAAAAAUAGUAUUUAUUAUACAUGUACUUUCUUUAUGGUUGUGAUUUUUUAAAUUAAACAACUUGUGUUUUGGGG